AGGCGCGAAAGUUAGCAGCUCCUCAUUAUGAUGGCAACGCCUUUCGCUACUGCGCCGUCCGCGUCGCUAGUGGUCCGACGCGAAAAGCGGAGGCGUCGGAAGGCCACUGGCCCCAGCGACUCCGAACGGAGGCCUCGGCGAGGCUUUAAAUUCAGCGAUAAGAAGGACGAGGACAAUAACGAGGGGCCUGCAGAGGCCACACCUGUAGGGAAAAGAAAGCCGGGCACACCCGCCAAGGACAACACAUUCGUCUUUCGUGUUCGGAAAGACGACGAAAAGGAUGUGGGCAAACAGCACGCCGUCGACGCGGCCGCCGUAUCGGCAGCACUACGAGCCAAGCAGGAGAAGGCUGCAAGGGCCGAGAUGCGACGAUUGGUUAGACAAAAAAAACGCGAGGAGGCGACGCGCGAGGCGCUGAAUGAGGAGGAGAUGAAGCACAAGAAGCUGUCGGCUGACCAGAUCUCGCUCUACCACAUGGUGCAGCGUCAGGUAAAACGCGAGCUCCGCAAGGUGAGGAAGGAAUUCCUCACCUCAACAGCGCGGCGGGACAUUAUGCAGCUCAGUGAGACGAGUCUGCAGGCCAUGAAGCAGGAGCUGAUUUCCUUCAUGGCCGAUCAUCCACCUGGAAAUGUUGUGUCAUAUAUUAGAGUUCCAAACCCAGAAAACGCCCGCAUGCGCGCAACAAUCGAGACGUUCGAGCAGCAGAUCAAGAGCUUGGAAGAGGAAGAGAAGAAGUGGCUAGAGCUAAAGGCAACGUUAGAGGCAGACAGAUUGUCCACCUUGAGUGACCCAGCAAGCGACAGCAGCAAUGCAGUAUCCGAAACCGCCCCCGCACAACAAGGAAGUGAAGUAGUGGCCAAAGAUCAGCAGGAAAUACUGCCGUGUGAGUUGAAGAUUACGCAGAGCGUUGAGACUUUUCAGCGCUCAGCACUGAAGCAAUUGGGAUCAACAACGGAGCAGUUGACUCUCCUGGAUGCGUCGAUGCUAACGGUGAACCGGUUGAUCGUAGAGGCCGAGAUGAAAAAAGCGCAGCUCUUCUGCGUCUACCACGACAGUGCUUUUAAGGGAUACGGGAACGUGUCGCAGCCUAAGGAGAGUCUUCGCGCAUUGCUCAAGCUCCCGGCGCGGGGCGGCGUGCCAUGACGAUAGUGUCUGAAAUUUGUUCUUAUUAUUUUAAUUAGGUAAGAAAAAUGCGUUCGACCAGGUUUCACUAAGUGAAAGUUUUAAUGGUGGAUCACUCGACCCCUUUCUUUGACGACGUAACGAGAUGGCAAAGAGGCAAAGCGCAAUUGGCGACGAAAGCUCAUGAGCUGUGAGGAUGCUGAUGCUGACGACGACACUGCCAAGCUCCAGAUGCCGCGCCAGAUGCGGCCGCGGCUGGAUACUGCGCGUUGUGCGUGCGUGCGCGACGGCGGAGGUGGGCUUGAUGUCGAAUUCAAGCACGCUAGAUGAGAUGGCUGAACACGACAGCAACCAGCGGCAGCAUGGGAGACCCAAGAAUCAAGCAAAUUUGAAACGUCUUGAUAAAUAUGACAUCUAUGGCCGCGAUAAGUAUCCUCGCUGCCAGCGACACCGUCCAGACGAGUCCGGUCCGGAGAUGAGGCUUAAAUACUGUCUGUCAUCUAAAUCUACAUGAGGUUGCGCACCCUUCGACCGAGUACGCCGACCGUACGUCGUCGCUGUCUGGCCCUGGGCGGAAGCGCUGCCCGACUGGAGCCUGCGGAUGCUGUGUAUCUGUAUCUGUUGUGCCUACUACUUCUGCUAGCGCCGCGAGUGGCGCCGCUUAUCGCAUCUUGGAGCUGAAGGAGAAGACUUCGUGUUCCUGGAUCGUGCCGAGCCGUCCAAAGUGCGUUUUGCGGCUGGUGACCCAUCGGUUUGUGGCGCGCGGCGCGUGUAGCGGCAGCACACUGGCGCCAAAGUCGUCCUUGUCCAGAUCGUCCCAUCCGCGCGCCAGCUUGUAGACAAGCACGAGAAGCACAGAGACCACGAAGACUGUUCCGGCCAGUACCAUCAUUUCCAUCUCGCUCACGUCGCGUCCAAAGGCGUUCGAGCUGCCGAAUACGACAAUCAUGCUGCCGGCCAAUGUGUACUGCUGAUGCUAUAGGGCGCUCCGUCGUCGCGGGGCUGCCAGUGGUUCCUGUUGCUGCUGCUACUGUUGCACCGGAACGUGGUGAAGCGAGGAGGGGGAGGAGACGUCGCUUCCAAGCUGUUCGUCCCGCGGGCUCCAAUUCAAUUAUGUGCGCAAGGGUUGAGGCGGCACAAAAUUCGAGCAAUUGGAAUCUAAGGAAAAUGGCCAAUCGUCGCGCGGCAGCUCAGUCCUUACUGAAAUCAAGUCGCGAAAGCCGCAAGCCUCAAGCACGAACUAUGCGGUUAGGUCUAUCUUGCGUAAACAUUUAACGCUCCGCAGAAAGGGCAGUAUUAUACGGCUGAUCUGCUACUGUAUUGAAGGCAGGCUUGCAACCACUAUGGGAAUCAGCUACAAGUCUGCCUGUCAGCGUGUAUUACACGCUACUAGCUGAGCCUACAGUUGCCCCGCUUGGGUCAUCGCUGCUAGUAAAAGUCUUCUACUGUCGAAG